AUGUCUGAAGACCAGAAGCCCGCCGAGGCCCCCAAGAAGGACCGGCUGAUUGAUAUCUACGUCCGUCUGAACGGCGACAACGAGAAGGACUACUGCUUCUGUCUGCCCCGCGACCAGCCCGUCUCCAUCCUCUACUCGAUCUUUGACACCCUCCCGCUCGUCCUCUCCCCCACCUUCUUCUUCCACCGACGACCCAUCGGCUUCCACCUCUCCACCAACCCCGGCUUCUACACCAGCGAGGGCGCGCUGCUCUUCGAGCACAGCGGCAAGGAGACGCCAAUCGACGAGACCAAGCGCAUCUGCGACGUCGCGCGCGAAGGCCAGCUCUUCGUGCCUAUCUUCAAGACCCACACCCGCCGCUGGGUGGCCGUCGUCGGCAUCCUGCUGCUGUGGCUCUACACCGACCUGCCGGAGUGGUUCACGCCCACGCCCGGCAUCUCGCUCUUUGCGAUCGGAAACCGGGUGUACGAGCAUUUCUUCCCCGAGAUCCCGGACCCGGACGCGCCCGCGGACGAGCACGACGGCUCGUCGGACUGGAUCGUCGACAUUGUGUUUUUUGUCUUCCACGUCCUCAAGUGCUCCGUCAUCUUCCUCGUCUUCUUCUUUGGCGGAUACAACCCGACCUCGGUCAACCCGUUCCACGAGGCGCCGGACGUCACCGCCGACCAGCUCCGCGCAAUCGGCUGGACCGGCGCUCGUCGCAUCACGCCCGAGGAAUGGCGCGAGGAGAACCGCAAGCGCAAGAUCGAGGAGGCAGGUGGUGCCGUCAAGGCCUACGAGAAGGGCAUCUUGAUGUCGCUCUCGACCGCGGGUAUCUCGCUCCGUCGCGGUGAGGGGUUCGAUACCCCCUGGGGCUAUGUCCGCCCCGAGUCGGAGGUCCUGCCUAUCCCCGAGGAAGCUCCUGCUCCUGCUCCUGCUGUCGAAGAGGCCGAGAAGACCGUCGAGGCAGAGACCGAAAAGACCGAGGAGGAAGCGUCGGCGGUGACGACCUCGAGCGAUGCCGCGCCCAAGGCCGACACCACGACGCCUGUUGCGCCUGUGCGCAAAGACCCCUUCGAAGGCAUUGACCCCGAAGCCGUGCUCGUGAAGCUCGGCGCGGACUACGAAGAGAAGCUGACAAAGUACCGCCGGGCGGAGAUUUCGCGGCGCAUGAAGCUGGGCGACACUGUUGCGGUUGCGCUCAAGGACUGGCGGCGGAUCGGUCCGGUUGUGCCGCCGUCGAAGGAGGUCGAGGUGCAGUAUAAGCUGCGCAAGAUGUUGGAGGGACGUCCUGAUGUUUAUAUGAAGACGUUCAAGGAGAAGAAGAAUGAGUAG